AAGUUCAUAAGGUCCUGUGAGAGAAUGCUGAGAACCAUCACUCAUGCUUCUCUUCUGUUGUCGUGCAGAAAUGGCACCUCGUAAGGGCAAGGAGAAGAAGGAAGAACAGGUCAUCAGCUUGGGACCUCAGGUUGCUGAAGGAGAAAACGUGUUUGGUGUCUGCCAUAUCUUUGCUUCCUUCAACGACACUUUCGUCCAUGUGACUGAUCUCUCUGGCAAGUGAGUCAUCUGCCGUGUGACUGGUGGUAUGAAGGUGAAGGCUGACCGAGAUGAGUCUUCUCCCUACGCAGCUAUGCUGGCAGCCCAGGAUGUUGCCCAGAGGUGCAAGGAACUGGGCAUCACUGCCCUCCACAUCAAGCUGCGUGCUACCGGUGGCAAUAGGACCAAGACUCCUGGACCUGGUGCCCAGUCAGCCCUGAGAGCUCUGGCCCGAUCUGGGAUGAAGAUCGGCCGCAUUGAGGAUGUCACCCCCAUCCCCUCUGACAGCACGCGCAGAAAGGGCGGUCGCCGUGGACGUCGUCUGUAAACACCGCUGCAGCUCUCGUUAUUAAAGCUCUUUCAAACCUC